CAGCAAUUCAUUUCUGCGAUCUAAAAUUGUUUUGUGUGUUUUUGGAACCCUAAAUUUCACUCAAAACCCUUACUCUAAAUUUCACUCAGAAUCUCCCCUCGGAACUUUGGAUUGCUUGGAGUUUACGAUCUUCGUUGAAUUUUUGCUCUCUAAAUCUAUGGCGACUAAACCUCUUACAAGCGAGGCAAUUGCUAUUACAGAGAAGAAAAUGGACAUGGCAUUAGAAGACAUUAUCAAACUGUCUAAAAACACCAAAACUAAACCUAAGAAGCAGCGUAGGGUUCCGAGCAAAAAUCAGAAAUCUUCAAAUAAUCUUGCUCAAGAUAAAUCUAUGAAGGUGAAGCGUUUUAUGGACACAAGAUCCUCACUUAGACAGGGGUUCUUAGCUCAGAGAAGGUCAAAUUUCCAGGGGAACCAAUUUCCUCUGGCUACUGAGGUUGCAAGAAAGGCUGCAGCUGCUCCACUUCGUAAUAGAGCUUUCGGUCGUAACAGGGUGGCUAAUUGGAAUAAAGCAAGGAGUGGUGCUCCACCGGUCCAGAGGAGAGCUCCAAAUGGAGACUUUGCUGCAAAGUCACCCAGGCAGCAGCAGCAGGCAAAUGCAGUGCCCAAGCCGAGGUCUCAAACGCUAGACUCUCUGUUUGCAAACAUGAAGGAGCAGAGGAUGAGGAUCUUGUCACGCCAGAAUAAUGCUCCUCUGCCACGUAAUGGAGGUGGCUCGAGAAUACCACCAUGGGCAAGAGGCCGAGUGGGCAACUAAUUCAAAUUAGUGUGCCAGUUAGAAUGGGUAUCUCGGUGGAAGGACAAGUUCCAGUGAUCAUGUAUAUUUGUUCUACCUGCAUAACCCACCCCAGUUGAUACAAGUUUGGAGUUUUAGCCGAGAGUGCUCAAAAUGCAGAAUCUAGGGCCUUUCUUUUUGCAAGUUCUUUUACUUCCAUUUUCUACUGUAUCUCAGUUUUUCAAGUUGUUUCCUUUGCACUGUCAAUGUAUAGUACUUUACGGUUUGUUGAUGGUAAUCCAUGCUAUUGCACAUUGAUUUCGUA